AUGGUAAUGUCAAACAAGAUAAGAGCUACGGACAAAGGGGCCAAUGUUUAUACAGACUCUCGCUAUACGUUUGGGGUGGCCCUUGAUUUUGGACAACUCUGGGCACAGCGAAGAUAUUUCUCCUCCUGUGGGCCCCCCGUCCAGAAUGCCACGUAUGCAACAACAGGGCGGACUUUGGCAGCUAAACAGACUGCACAGGAGGCGACUAUCAUAGUUUCCACAACUGAGCGAUCGGCUUUCACCACGACUAAAUGGCCACCAGCGCCGGGCACUCCAGACAGGGCUACAGACCGAAUGCUCCAGGGGGACGCCCCUGAUUCAGAAAAUCAACCCCGGAAGACACACGGAUGUGCGCUUUCGGUGUCCACCGGCCUCUGGCAGACCCCAGAUGGCCAGAAUCUCUCUGCACUCAACUAUGAUCUGUCCGAUCUUAAACGAAGGCACAGGGAUCUCCGUCACCAGUUCACUGAGAUGGAAACGAAGUACAGAUCUGUCAUCGAAACCAAGGCUCAAAUCUGUGAAUUGUUGACCAGCAGAAGAGAGCAAAUUGUCUCUAAGGACUGGAUCAAAAAUAAAUAUCGGCGUUAUUACGUAUCCACGUUUGAAACAACUUUCCGUAAAGCGAUACAAGAAUGUUCAAAGCGUGACUCAAGGCUGCUGGAAAUCAAUUCAACAGAUGAAGCGGACUGUGGGCCUGGCCCUCCUGUACAAUCAGUCCCCGGGGCAGUCCGUCUGCAGAGACUGCGAGUCCUACGUGCGCAGAAACAGAAUCCGAAGCAGAACAUCGGAAAUAGACCGGACCGUAGGAUCUGCCUGUUACUCCUAGUUACAAUCGGCCUCGUCGCGAUAGUGGUUGGGCUCUCGAUCUAUGUAUCACAGACUCGUCAUUUUCUGAUAACCUCCGAGCGAAACUACCAGAGACUUCGGGAACAAGAUCACGAGAUGAACAGGACCCAGCUCCAAUAUCAACAGCAAGUCUCCAAGUUGAACUCAACCCUUAAAUCCAGGACAUCCGAGAACACCCGCCUGGAUCUCUCCCAGAGAAACUGUCAGAAGAAUCUUUCCGCCCUCAGCAACAACCUCACUAUCCUCGAAAACAACUUUACUACCCUCAACUCGGAUCUCUCGGACCUGAAUCGAAAGCACAGCGAUCUCUGUCAUCAGUUCAAUCAGCUCGAAAUAAAGUACAGAAACAUCAACGAAAACAAAGCUCAGAUUUGCCAAUACCUUGCCAGGAGAAGAGAGACAACAUGUCCCCAUAACUGGAUCAAAAAAGAGGACCGGUGUUAUUUCAUAUCCGAGAUCACAAAAUCUUAUGAUGGAGCGAUGGGACAUUGUUCAGAAUACGAUUCGAGGCUCCUCGAAAUAGAUUCAGACGAGGAAAAGAAGUUUGUUUCCAGUGCUGUCUAUCGAUACGUAACAUACUGGAUUGGAAAAUGCGCAGACAGGAAUGUGGCCUCUGAUCUUCUGUACGAGUUGAACCAUGGAUCGCCCACCUGCACUCCACCCUUAAAGCCUCACCUGGACGAGUUCUCCAUUCUGUCCUAA